AUGGAUGGCAAGAGGAAUAAGAAACCGUUGACAUUCAUCCUCUCCUCGGAACGGACGAUCCUCCCAUUGGCACUGCCUACAUUCAGCGGUAUCCGAGACGUGGUAGGAAUCAAGGCUCCUGGGAGGCAGUCUGGGGAUCCAAGAGGGAACUCAAUCAAGUUAUCCGGGACAGUCCCAGUCCCUCACCGUUGGUGCGGCCAUGUUGUUGCAAUGCAGGGGGUCUCGAAUCAGCUCUACGAGGACACUAAUUUGGUGGAUUUCCGGCACAUCAUCGACUACUUUGCGCUGUACAACAGCUCCGAACCUACAGGCACGGCAAUCCGCGGCGUCAACAUCUGCUGCUACGGUGAAAUCAAGCUCCACCGAACGCAGCUGUACGUCCGAGUUGAAAUGCCAGAGACGCAACCCAUCCGCCGUGUGUUCCAGAAGGAGACAUCUCCCCCAUCUCGAAGCUUCUUGGAUGCCUCCUCAGAGCAACCGGGACGUAGCAUUCCUGAUGAUGGAGAUGGAUACUGGACGCGAUUGUGGGGAUGGGCGCCUAUGUACUGGAAUAUGGAUAUCGGCAGAGUAUUGGUCGUUCGAGCAGAUAACCGUGAUCUCUACGUUGAUGAGUUGAGGCUGAUAGGUUAUUUUACGAGAGAUGGAGUUCUAAACUUCACUAAUCGCGAGAACAUAGAAAAAUGGGGGGAUAUUGGCUCUAAGCCACCAUUGGCCUCUCGCCGCAGUGGUGAGAAACUCAGCGCCCAAUUCGACAGGCCAUGA